AUGGGUAAUACAGAUUCAAAAGUCGAUUUUCGCGUAGCUGUAGUUCAAUUAACAUCUCACAGUCAGCAAAUCGAGCCAAACGAUGAAUCUUUUUGGGAUCAAUUCUGGUCGGAUAAGAUCUCUAGCGCUCAAGAUAUCUUUGCAUUAGUGCCAGCUGCAGAAAUCCGAGCGUUAAGGGAAGAAUUACCGUCAAAUUUAGCUACUUUGUGCAAUAAGCUGGUUGAUCGUUUACAAUUAGCUGCCGAGAAUUCAUGCCAUACACACCGAGAGCAAACAGCGGCGAUUAACUGUGUUCGAUUAUUAACACGUUUAUUGCCAUACAUCUUCGAAGAACCUGAAUGGCGAGGAUUCUUUUGGUCCGAUAUUCCGACUGGUCAACAACAGAUGACAUCGAACGGAGAGUAUGUUAGUAAACCGCCGUUAGCCGAACGGCUUCUUCAGACUUUAGCCGAUCUUCUGUUCUGUCCUGAUUUUACCGUUGCAUCGAAGAAGAAGAAAGGACCCGAAAAUCCGGAAGAUAUUCAUACAAUUGAUAGUUGUGAAUAUAUCUGGGAAUCUGGUGUUGGAUUCUCUCAACCAACUAUUCAUGUACCAAGCAAUGAUCGGAAUCGGACAGAAAUUCUUAAACUUCUGCUCACAUGCUUUUCAGAAACAAUCUAUAUGGCACCAACAGUUGAUCAACAUUCUCGUCCAAAUAAAUGGUUGGCUUAUUUUACGUCUGGCCAAAAUCGACAAACUCUUCCAUUAUUCACUUCGUUAAUCAAUAUUGUCUUUUCCUAUGAUCCCAUUGGUUAUUUACCUUAUAAUUACCUUUUAUUUACUGAUACACGUGAACCUCUAGUCGAAGUCGCUGCUCAAUUGUUAUGUAUAACAUUAGAUAAUAGUUCAAUUUCUUCAACUGAUCAACCAAACACAAGUGGGGAGGAUUCUCCGAAUUUAUUUCUCAAUUAUUUAUCGCGUAUUCAUCGAGAUGAUGAUUUUAAUAUUUUAUUGAAAGGUAUUUGUCGUCUUUUAAACAAUCCACUUAUUCAAACGUAUUUACCUGGCUCGUGUAAAAAAAUUGGCUUUUAUCAAGAAUUACUUAUGUUAUUUUGGAAAUUUUGUGAUCGUAACAAGAAAUUUCUAUUUUACGUCUUGAAAUCCAGUGAAAUUCUUGAUCUACUAGUACCUAUUCUCUAUUUCCUGAAUGACGCACGUUCUGAUGCAUCGAGAAUUGGUUUAAUGCAUAUCGGCAUUUUUAUUUUACUUCUACUGAGUGGUGAAAGAAAUUUCGGCGUUCGAUUGAAUAAACCAUAUACCACACGUAUACCAAUGGACAUAUCUGUAUUUACUGGAACUCAUGCAGAUUUACUGAUCAUUGUUUUUCAUAAGAUUAUUGUUUCAGCUCAUCAACGUUUACAACCACUGUACGAUUGUUUAUUAACUAUUAUUGUGAAUAUAUCACCUUAUCUGAAAACUUUAUCAAUGGUUUCAAGCAAUAAAUUACUUCAUUUGUUAGAGGCUUUUAGCUCACCAUGGUUUCUUCUGGCUGCACCUGAUAACCAUCAUCUAGUUUUCUUUCUCCUCGAAGCUUUCAAUAAUCUGAUUCAAUAUCAAUUCGAUGGCAACGCUAAUCUUGUCUAUACAAUAAUACGUAAAAGACAAGUUUUCUUCGCACUAAGUAAUUUGGCAACUGAUGCUUCAACUAUAACUAAACUAAGCACGAGAAAUACUAUGAAUAAGCAAACGGUUUUUCAGGCCAAUUCGAAAUCAAAUUCGGAUAGUGAACCUCAAUUGAAUCGAGAUUUUAUUCCUCAGCCGAAUACAAAUGCGCCAGGUGUAAUUAGUAAUGCAAUGAUAACAACGCUUGCAGAAACACCUUCUAUUCAUACGAUGACUGAACGUACAUUAGCCGCAUCGUCGAGCCUAGAUGAUAAUAAUCUCCGUACACGUUCGAACACAACAAAUGAAUCAUCACCAUCAUCAACUCGACCCGCUUCACCUCCAUUAUCAACAACAACCGCCUCGAAUCUUUUUCCACAAAACGAUAACGGGCUUUGGUCGGCAACAUCAGAAUGGGUACAAUCAUGGAAGGGAAAAUUACCAUUACAGACAGUCAUGCGUCUUCUUCAAGUUCUCGUACCACAAGUGGAGAAAAUUUGUAUGGAUCGUGGAUUAACGGAUGAAAGUGAAAUCAUUAAAUUUCUUCAACAUGGAACGUUGGUUGGCUUAUUACCUGUACCUCAUCCAAUCUUAAUUCGAAAGUAUCAACCAAAUUCAGGUACAGUCAUGUGGUUUCGAACGUACACAUGGGGCGUAAUUUACCUCAGGAAUGUUGAUCCACCAAUAUGGUACGAUACAGAUGUGAAAUUAUUCGAGAUUCAACGCGUUUAA